AUGGAAGAAAAUUUGGGACCUGAAGCGAUCCAAGCGCUUGGUAAUUUCCAGCUCACUUGCAGGAUAGUUUCUCACUCGACGUUUACUGACAGUCUCAUCCCGCUUAUGUUCUCCUUUCAAGAGGUGCUCGACCAGCACAAGCGCGCCUGUCAAGACAGAUACUACCGACAAGCUCUUAAACGAGAGUCGGAGAAAGCUCGAUACGUGGACACCCACUCAAAAGUGAACAGCUUGAAGCAAAUGGUUGCAAAAGAACUUGGAUUCAAAGUCACUGUCCAGCACCCCCGCCUUUGGUACUUGCUGGACACGGAAGUCGGUGGCCCCAUUCAAAACCUCGGCACUCCUCCCACCCCCCGCUGGGAUGCACAAGGGCAGCUUGUCGAAGACAUUCGCGACUUAAUAUCUGGUGUUUCUGAGACUUCCCUGACAACCUAUCUCCGUUUUGAGUGA